UAAAGAAGACAGAAGUUUUGGCAGGAACAUAAUGUCAUUCCACACCAAAAUCUUCUUGAAAAAAGCAAAUCGAAUAGAGAUAAUUUAAGAAAAAGAAGAAGAAAAUAGAUUCUGGGGAUAGAGACUAUUCAAAAGUCUAAAAUUCUACAAAAGAAGAGAGAAGAGGAAGAUAAUGUCAUAUAAACACGUGGCUAUAACGGGACCUCCUGGUGUUGGAAAAACAACAUUAGUGCAGAAGAUAGUGAAGAACUUAAAAGAUGCUGGUGUACCAUGUAGUGGAUUCUAUACCCAGGAAGUCCGACAAGGAGGCAAAAGGAUCGGAUUUGACGUGGUGACUCUGGACGGCAAGAAUGGGAUACUCUCCAGGGUCAAACCACAGGAUGGCAGUAGAAGGGAGUGCAGAGUUGGCCAGUAUGUGGUCGACGUCCCAGCAUUUGAAUCUCUCGUUCUGCCUCUUCUGCGAACUCAGCCAUCUAGCCCUCAAGUCUUAGUAUUGGAUGAAAUAGGAAAGAUGGAAAUGUUCAGCCAAGGAUUUGUAACAAGUGUACAGAGGAUUCUUGCUCAACCUGAUGCAACAGUUCUCACAACAAUACCAAUUCCGAAGGGAAAACCAAUUCCUUUGGUUGAGCAAAUAAGAAACGGCAAGAAUGUCUUCCUAGUAAAUCUUUCAAAGGCAAACAGGGACGAUGAGAGUCUCAAGGAGGAGAUUAUAAAAACGCUGAUGUCAUCAUUGGGAAAGUGAUAUUUGGAACUUUUACCAUGAAGUUCGCGUAUUGUAUUAAGGCCUUUGAGUGAAAUAGAAAAGUAAGCUCAUGAUGAAGUCAUAAAAAGAAGAUAUAUGUUAUCUUAACAAUU